UCCCUUCCUUUCCUUCCUUCUCCCUAUUGGUAAACACAGGAAGGCUAACACAUACUUUCAUUUUCACUGUCUUGCUUUGCCACUGAGUUACAUGGACCAUGGCUGAACAAAAGAAGAUUAUUGAUCCAUUGAAGAGUAUAGAGACUAAGGCCACAAAAAUGAUUAAAAAUAUUUUUGAUGAUUUGAUUGAGCAAGAUGUUAUCAAUUCAAAUCAGAUAAGGAACAUGAAAAAAGAUUUUUUAUUAAUAAAGGACAGGAGUGAAAACCUCAUCAAGACCGUCACUAAUAAAAGUAGCCAAAUUAGCCAAAUCGUUGUGAAAAGAUUUUUGACAGCUUCACAGCAACUACAUUCAGGAAUCCAAGGAGAAGAUGAAAAUUCAGAGGAAAUCGAAAAUGCAGGGAUGUCACAGACAGUAGCUUCCAUUUUAGCACCUCGGGCUAUUCAGGCAGCUGAACCCCUAAACAAGGUCAAGCUCAGCCCUCCCGAUUUCUAUGAAGAAUUGAAAGAAGCAAAAAAUGAAGAGAUAUAUGCAAUUAUGGAAAAGAAAACCCGUAUACGUCUGGCCCUCAUUAUCUGUAAUACUAAAUAUGAUCAUCCAAAUGAGCAAAAUAAGGCUAAAUUUGACAUUCAGAAAAUGAAGGAGCUACUUCAGGACCUGGGAUAUAGAGUGGAUAUCAAAGAAAACCUUACAUCAUUGGAAAUGAAGUCAGUGUUGGAGAAGUUUGCCGACCAUCCAGAACACCAGUCCUCAGAUAGUACUUUCCUUGUGUUCAUGUCUCGUGGCACCAGUAAUGGUAUCAUUGGGAUAGAUCAUAACCAAGAAGACCCAGAUAUCCUGGCCAAGGAUACCAUUUUUGAAAUUUUCAAUAAUAGAAACUGUAGCACACUGAGACAUAAACCAAAAGUUAUCAUUAUCCAUGCAUGGCAAUUAGGAACAGUUUCAGAACAAGGUGCAGUGGCAACUUCUGCAGAAAUUUGUGUCCAAUCCUCCAAAAGUGACAAAAAUACCAUUUGGGAGGAUGCUACUGGAAAAGAGCAUGUGGAGAAGGAUUUCAUUUGUUUUCACUCUACAACUCCAUAUGACAUUUUUUUGGAAGAUGACCAAGUAGGUUCCCUCUUCAUCAGCCUACUCAUUGAUUGCUUCCAACAAUUUUCCUGGUGCUGUCAUGUGGAAGAAGUUUUCCGGAAAGUCCAGAAAUCAUUUUCAACUUCAGCAAAUGCAAGCCCAAUGCCCAUCAUUGAAAGGCAGUCCAUGACAAGAUAUUUCUAUCUCUUCCCGGGAAUUUAAAGCUAUUCAAUGACACUAGCCAUUUCUAAACCAAGGAAGUAAUAUGCUGAGUGGUCCUGAAGUACUUGGUUCUUCCAGAAGAAUACUUCUUUUAACAGAAUAUUAUUCUUCUCAUCAUCUAACUUCGUAUAUUUUUCCCACAAAAUGUUUCUCCCCAUUCCAAAAUUUUCUCACUUGAUUUUUCCCAAAUCCUAUAAUGGCCUGAUUAAGUAAACAUCCUACAAGUUCUGUUUCAAAUUUCAUAUUCCAUAAGAAAUUUCAAGGAUAUUUCAAUACUUUCAAAAAUUUAAAGUUACAUCUUGUUAUACUUUAUUAUAGCCUGUUCAGCAGCUGGCAAACUAGAGCUCAAGGGCCAAAUCUAGCCAGUGAACUAAGAAUUUUCUAUAUUUUAAAAUAAAGUUUUAUUUUGCUUAAAUUAUAUUUAAAACAUUUGUUAGCUCAUGGUUUUUACAAAAACAAGGCUGGAGAGGGUAGGGAUGUUUCUCAAGUUACACUUAACUUAUUCCUGGUCUAUAUUAUUUUUUUUUUCAUUUCAACCGUUUCAUUUGAAAAUUCUUUAUAUUUCCAAAUAUUUUGUCAAAUUCUUGAGAGAAGAUUUAGUUUUAUCUAUUUCCUUUGUUUUCCUUAUAUUUCUUAGAAUAAUGCUGGAGACUUGAAUUCAUUUAAUUAUUAAUUCUGAAAUUAAAUAAAAUAUACCAAUUUGAUCCUGAA